AUUAGACUAGUCUUCAACUAAUAAUUUGAAAAACAAACUAACUAUAUAUAAAUAUAUAUAUAUAUAUAUAUAUAUAUAUAUAUAUAUAUAUAUAUAUAUAUAUAUAUAUAUAUGAGCAAAGACAACCACUAAGUAAUUAAAAGUCUCUGAAUAAAAUGCAAGAAAUUAAUUGGAUAGCAGUAGCUUUCAUAGUUUUGCCACAUACUGGAGGUCUUGCUGGGGGUAUCAUAACAAAGAAGAAUAUCUUUUGGUACAAUGGCCUGAAAAAGCCUUUCGGCACACCACCCAGCUGGUCAUUUAGUCCAAUCUGGACGAUUUUAUAUAGUAGUAUGGGAUAUGCGUCAUAUAUGGUAUACAGAGAUGGUUAUGGUUUUGACGGACCUGCUGGAUUACCGCUUCUUAUAUACGCAAUCAACCUUUUAGCUAAUUGGACGUGGACACCUAUGUUUUUCGCAAGGAAGGAUAUGAAAUUAGCCCUCUACAACAUGCAACUUAUCGACGCUACAGCUCUUUGUAUGGCUUACCUCUUCUACAAAAUAAAUAGCACAGCUGGUUUUCUUAUUAUGCCAUAUCUCGCAUGGUUGGUCAUAUCAACUUAUCUCAAUUAUACCUUUAUGAUAAGGAACCCACCCAAAAGUGCAACAAAUUAAAAAAUAUUAAAUAUAUGUAUUAUAGUGAUAAAUUUAUUAUAUCAACGUUUAGUUACAGCGACAAUCGUUUCAAAGUGUAUAAUAAAAUGAAAAUCUGGACAUA